GGGGGGUCCAGUCACCUCGCUUUGAUGUGUUUUCCCACACCCGGGGCCACCGCCCACAGCAGGUGCUGCAAGCCGUGAGCGCCCACGACCCGCGCCAUGGGCUCCAACAUCUGGGUUGGCACCUGGCGGCCACACCGGCCCCGCGGCCCCAUCUCGGCGCACUUCAGAGGCCCGGGGCCCAAAUACAAGCUGCCAGCGAACACCGGCUACAUCCUGCACGACCCGUCGCGGCCCCGCGCCCCCGCCUUCACCUUCGGCGCGAGCCUCCCCACGCAGCGGACGACGUGCGGCCCCGGGCCCAGCCACCUGGUGCCCGCCAACAUUACCGUGCGCGGCCGCGACGGCACGCCCGCCUACUCCAUCCUUGGCCGCCUGCGCCACUCAGCGCCUUUCCGCACCCCCGGACCGGGCAGGUACUUCCCGGAGCGAGCUGGGAACGCGACGUACCCCAGCGCGCCUCGGCACAGCAUCGCUCCCCGAAACUGGGGUAUACCCGCGGAGCGCCAGGCCCCAGGUCCUGCGUCCUACAACGUGCCCUCGCUCCUGGGCCCGCGCGUCAUCAGCAAAGUCUCGGCCCCAACGUACUCCAUCUACGGGCGCAGAACAGUGGGCAGCUGCUACGAGGACCUCAGCAAGACUCCGGGCCCCAGCGCCUACCAAGAGGUGAACCCUGGGGUCUACAAGUCCCGGGCCCCCCAGUUCACGAUGCUACCGCGGACUUCGAUUCCCCGAGACAGCACGCCGGGGCCCGCAGCCUACAACGUGGACAAGGGCCUGCAGUACCGGAAGCCUGGUGGCUGGACCUUCGGAAUCCGGCACUCAGACUACCUGGCCAGGAUGGUGACCGACGUGGACAACUGACCGGCCGGCCGGGCGGGCGCGGCCCCACAAGUGUCUGCUUAAAGUUUCUGAGCCAG